GAAUUCAGCUGGCAAGGUGCUUAAGUGAAGCAUAAAGUCUGACACUUUCCCUCUCUACAAGAGUCCAACAGUUUCGCUCGAUUCACCUUCUGUCUCAUUUAAAUCAUACCUUAUCUAUGUCAUUCCAUAUCUUUGACCUCUUAGAGGAUGCGGCCUCGAAUGCCCCUGAUAAAGGAUUGUACUUCUACAAAGCCGGAUCGGUAUCACCGCCUCAAUUUUUGUCGUACCAAGGGUUAUUAGCGAAGGCAAAGGUAUGUCUACCCUUUAAACUGCUGAUAACAACGUACUUUAAUACCUUUAUGUCCUGACAAUUAAUACAGUUCAAUGCCGAUAUUCUGAAAAAGAGCAACAUUGCUGCAAAUGGCUCGAUCGUCCUUCUUCAUCUGGACUCUCAUGUGGAUUAUAUUGAGUGGUUCUGGUCCGUCAUUGCCGCCGGCGCCAUUCCUGCCGUGUCUACACCUCUCGCAUCGGACUUGGUUGCUCGAGAACGCCACCUGCUCCAUCUAGAGAAUAUUCUUGAAAGUCCCAAGGUCCUUACAAGCGAGAGGAUCCGCGGAGAACUCAGCUCUGUUCCCGCGCUCGAUGUGACUUCUAUCGAAGCACUUUCGCUUUAUGGAAAAUCGACUGACGAAGUGAAAGUCAACGGCAAGGCGAACACGAAUGGUUACCAUGGGCACCCGGACGCGCCAGCUCUACUAAUGUUAACAUCAGGGAGCACGGGAAAUGCUAAAGCUGUAGAACUUAGGCAUGAACAGAUCCUAGCUUCCGUGAAGGGGAAGUCAGCUGCAACGAGUACCGCAGGUCAAGAUGUUUUCCUCAAUUGGAUAGGUAGCCACACUUCCUUGAAACUAAAAUUAUAUCUUGUACUAAGUGAAUUAUAGGGUUUGAUCACGUUGCAUGUUUGACGGAAAUUCAUAUGCACGCCAUGCUUUGCGGUGCAACUCAGAUACACGUCCCCGCCGUUGAACUCUUGCGCGCUCCUCCUAUGUUCUUUAAAGUCAUAGAGAAGCACGCUGUGAGUCGCACAUUCGCUCCCAACUUCUUCCUUGCCACAGUCGUCAGGGCUAUUAGGAGCCAGAACCCGCCUGAGCAGUACGACCUCUCAUCUCUUCGCACUGUCGUAAGUGGUGGUGAGGCCAACGUCGUUUCCACUGGCUUGGAUUUCACCCAGAUCAUAGUGUCCAUGGGUGCGGCAGCUACAUCGCUGCAGACGGCAUUUGGUAUGACAGAGACCUCUGCCGCUAGUCACUACCACCAGCACUUCCCGACCCUGGAAAAAAACGCGGAUUUGAAAUUCUGCUCUGUCGGUCGUACUAUAAACUCCGUUCGGCAGCGUAUCACCGAUGAUGAGGGAAACGUUAUGUCCCCAGGGGAAGGCGGCAACCUAGAGCUUUCUGGGCCUGCAGUGUUCAAGGCUUAUCACAAUAACCCUGAGGCUACAGAAUCGUCUUUCUCGCCCGAUGGUUGGUUUAAGACGGGCGACAAAGGCUGUAUUGAUGAUUCUGGAAAUCUGAUUCUGAGUGGUCGAGCCAAGGACUCAAUCAUCAUUAACGGGGUGAAAUACUUCUCACACGAGCUCGAGUCGGCCCUUGAGGGAGCCAAAAUCCCGGGCGUAACUCCAUCUUUUACGGCCUCUUUCUCUACCUGGCCCAAGGGCGCUGAUAGUGAGGAGCUGGUCAUUAUCUUCCUCCCCGAAGCGGGGAUUGCAGAUGACGACGCAGCUUUUGCUGCCACAAUUGACGCCAUUGGCAAGCAAUCAGCCCUCUACUGCUCAAAGAAUCCUAUAGACAUCAUCCCACUGCCUCUCGAACUUCUUCCUAAAUCCGCCCUCGGCAAGUUGUCCCGCCCUAAAUCAAAGAUUGCCUACGAAGCCGGCAGGUAUGACGAGUAUCGCUUCGCAGCUAAGGCGCGCGUAUCGGCCUACAAAAAGCGUUCCCGGGUCGCACCAACAACGGCAACAGAGAAGGCACUCAUUGAAGUGUUUGCAAAGGAGUUUGGACUAGACAAAGAUGAGGUGGGCGUAGAGAAUAGCUUGACAGACAUGGGUGUGGAUAGUAUUCAGUUGAUUCGGUUCAAGGCACUGGUGCAGGAUCACCUCAAGCUCGAUCAAGAAAUCCCCAUGAUUUCCCUCCUACAAAACCCAAGCAUCAAGGGUUUGGCAGAAGUCCUGUUGCAAUUGGAAAAGGGGGUUAAAGCAUAUGACCCAAUUGUGCAGCUUCAGAAUGGGACAUCCAACUCGCCCCCAAUUUUCUUCUUCCAUCCUGGUUUGGGAGAGAUCUUGGUAUUCUUGAACUUGAGCAAGUUCUUCUCCGAUCGUCAGGUAUAUGCCAUCAGAGCACCGGGAUUCAACCCUGGUGAAGAAAUGCAUAAAUCAAUUGAUGACAUGACCGAGUAGGCUAUUCAGAUCCCCCUGUUUAUAGUCAUAGCUAACCGCAAUCGUAUAUAGCACCUACCUCACUGCCAUCCGCAAGAAGCAACCGGAAGGUCCUUAUGUGCUCGUAGGAUAUUCAUUCGGCGCCAUGAUCGCAUUCGAGAUUGCCAAGAAGAUUGAGGCCAGCGGCGGCAAAGUCGGCUUUAUCGGAACGUUGAAUCUCCCACCCCACAUCAAAUUCCGAAUGAUCGAGCUUGACUGGACCGAGCUCUUACUCAACCUGGUCUAUUUCCUUGGCUUCAUCACUGAAGACGAAGCUCACGCCAUGUCUCCCGAAAUGCACACAUUGCCGCAGGAAGAGGUGUUGUCGAGAAUCAUGAAGGUGGCGCCCAAGGACCGUCUGGUUGAACUCGACCUGAACGAGAAGAAGCUGCAGCAUUGGGCAGCACUCUCCUCGAAGUUGCAAGGCCUGGCUCACGAUUACGAUCCGUCGGGGAUGGUCGAACGUAUGGAUGUCUUCUACGCGGUACCUUUGAUAGCCGUGGGCCGCGAUAAAGGCAAAUGGCUUGAAGACCAUCUCCUCGCGUGGAACGAUUUCGUACGGAGCGAUGUCGAGUUCCAUGAUGUCCCGGGGUCCCACUACACCAUGAUGAACCAGGAGAAUGUUUUUGAGCUGCAGAAAUCAAUGAAAGCCGCUAUGGCUAAGCGGAACGUGCUGUGAAAUACUUCUUGUGUUUAUAUUACGAUCACGCGGUGAUCACGUUUUCCUUACCUGGCAGAACACAUUACAUGUGACUCUGAAGGUUGUACGCGCAUGAGGAGGGCCGGCUGUAUGGCCUGGCACCCUCCUGGGAUUUCAUAGUUUAUGGUCACGUGCUGGAUCCUUUUGGAUCUAGGAUCCUUUCAGGAUCUGAGAGCAGGAAGAUUCUAUAUAACUCUGGGUCGUCACCCAUUAGAUAGUAGCUUCGUGCUCAGCUUGUUUCAUACUUUUAUAGUAUACCUUUACCAAUCA